AUGGGGGACGUGCAUAGCAGGAGAACUCCUCCAUUUCCUUCCCCAACCGAAACCGUCUCGCCCGUCGCCGUCCCACAGCCUCAUAAUUUGCAAGUAUCCCGAUCAUCCUCGACCUGCCGACAAUCCUACGAAUCUGAAUAUGUGACUGGAAUCUCGUUGGAUGGGCUGACCCGUGGUGUGGAUACAUCGUUGAAGGAGCCGGCACGAAAACCUCACUUCUCGCGCGGAGAUUCGGCUGAGCAGGUGGUGGGGUUGACACCAGUCACAGAAGAUCACCAGGUUGCAAGUGACCGACCGGAAGACCAGGGCCGUUCAUCCCAAACUCUGAAGCAGUUGCGCAGACAAAUGGAGGAGCUGCUGGUGUAUCAACAGAUGCAGCAAACUCAGAAUCAACACUCGUCCUUGACGCAAACCGGAAAUUCAUCCUCACCUCCAACCGAAACGCCUCGCAAGCGCCGUCUGUCAAACUCCUCCACUGCAGAUACCCCGGUCACAAUAGUGCAACCCUCCUCCGGAUCCAUAGUAACAGGUGUCGACAACUCUGUUUCUGCCGAUCAAAUCGCAACUCAAACCCCAUCCUAUCCCUUCCCACGUGAACAAAACCAAGUGAAACCCUCCAAAGCAGCUAUGGAGAAAUCAGGACCCCAGGGCCAAUUUAGGUUGAAGUUCCCUGCUGACAGGCUCCGUGCUUCACCCGUAACCCAUACACCCGACGGAAAACCGACGUUACCGAAGCUGCCAGGUCAACGGCCGCAUUUUGGCCCGCCACUUCAUGAUACUGCCACCGAGGAUGCAGAAGUCCCGACGCCCAACCUUUACGACCUGACUUUGAAAUUGAAUGCAGAUCCGGGACUUGAAGCAUGGUGGACAAAUCUCAUUGAAAUCUUGCAGGCGCAUUACGGGGCAGAGCGUGUCACGCUGGCUGUCCCUGGAGAUGCGACGGACCUGGAGAAUGUGCCAUGGGGACAAAAGGCAAUUUUCAAUGGACAUGCGGAGGCGGUUACGAACAAUGGCCAGACCCUUCCCCCUCAAGUUGGCUCUGCCCCCGAGACUAAGAGCUCUCGUACCAUGAAUAGUGAUGAAUUGGGGCAUAGACAAGAACAAGAUUCGGGUUUCAAGCCCAAGACCCCAGGGCCUGCUCCACUGCUAGGUCGACCGGCUUUAGAAUCGCGUCAUUCUUUCGCCGGGUUUCCCCAGAACAAGAAACACCGCGCAAUGGAGAUGGAUCGACAGCAGCAUCUGCCGAAGUCAAACGCCGUCAAACAAGAGAAAAAGCAUGCUCGAAUUGCCGAGCAGUCUGAGCUGGUGGGCAGUCACAAUGAUUUCAAAGAUUGGCCAAGAAACUCACUUGAUCCGAUUCGACAAGCUGUUUUCCCGAUCCCGAGACCACUAGAAAACGAGUCUGAUCCACUUAUCAAGCGUACUGGGGUUGUCAAACUUUUUGGUCGAAGCAAUCCUAUCGUUCUUACCCGUGAAUACACGGAACAUGAACCUACUCGCAUUUCGCAACCAUCAGACAGGGCCGCUCGGAGCCCAUUAGAAACCGUGCAGGUCACGCCUGGUGCCGAGGUGCCUGGUGAACACCAAUCCAUUGUUGGACAGCAGAGGAACCUCAUCGCUACUAAUCUGCGAGAAUUCGACGAAUACGAGCAAAUACCACAAUCUCCUUGGUCUCAGUCGCCUGCACCAUCACCUGCCCCACGAACACACGCGGAUUCCAACCCCUUCUUCACCAGCCAUACGGUUGACGAAAUGGCCUUUGCAAAGAACCCUCCUGAGCACGACUAUUCCAAUGUACAGCCCCUGGAGGCCAUUGGAAUUGAUUACUCAAAGACGGUGGUCCACGUUCCCUUGCUCCAUGGCGGCCAAUCUAAUCAUGGCUCCUCGUCAACUUUGAGAUUCCCAGUGGCCAUCGUGUCACUGCUGUCAACAAUAGUGCCUUAUCCAUCUAAUCUCCGGCAAUCACUGUCUCUCCUGAUGCCGCACCUCACAACCUCGUUCUGUCUGGCCCAACAAUACAGCCAGCUCGAACGCCAAAUAACCUCCAAAGGGGGAACCUUUUCUGACGCAAGCAGCGAGCUAGAACUUGUGGCGGGCCUCAGCGGCCAUGUCGGCUAUUCUGUCGGCGACGAGAGUUCCAUGUCUGCCCGGGCUAGCCUGACUAGUCCUAGCGAUCGCUCGUCAACGAAGUAUAGCCCUGCGGUCUCAAACAUGGGAACGCCAGGUUUUGACCUUGGUCAACUUGGAUUAGGUUCAAACAAUCAGUCUCCGGCUUUGCGCUCCAGCGAUAUCUCAGAUGGUUAUUUCAACGUUCAGAAUCAGCAGUCCAAGUUACCACGCGACAAUAUUCCACAGCAACGUCACCGUCUCUCUAAGUCAACUGUCAAUACGGAUUAUACAGAGAGAACGGCCGGUAAACUUAUCACGAGCGAAGAAAACACCCCACAGGAUCCCAAUUUCAAUGCAUCGCCUCUAAAUGAAAUGCGGCCACCAUCGGCGUUUUCCCCGACUCAGCAGCCGUCUCGCCAGGCGUCGACGAAUUCUUUCUACAACCAGCUGCAGCGCGAUUUAACCAGACCAAUUCCUGACACUAUCGCCCAGUUAAUGCUCAACUCUGUUCCCCUCCAUCUUUUUCUAGCAAAGCCUCAAAGCGGUGAGAUGAUAUGGACAAGUACCAAAUUUGACGCGUACCGAAGAAGCAAACCGCAGGAACAGAAACUCCGGGAUCCAUGGCAAAACAUCCAUAAUAGCGAAAGGGAUCAUGUGUCGAGUGAAUGGGCGAAUGCGCUGCGAACUGGAUCGCAGUUUACUGAAAGAGUACGCGUCCGGAGGUUCAAUGACGAAACCGCCUAUCGCUGGUUCAUCUUUCGGGCCAACCCGCUUUUAUCAGCAACGGGAGAGGUUUUGUACUGGAUUGGCUCUUUUCUUGACAUUCACGAACAGCAUAUCUCUGAGCUCAAGGCCACUCAAGAGAGAGAGAAAUUCGCGACCGAUGCGAAAUACCGCGCAUUUUCGAAUUCGAUCCCACAGGUCGUCUUUGAGGCUACCGAGAAUCGCGGACUCAUAUUCGUCAACGAACAAUGGAACCUGUAUACCGGCCAGAAUCUAGCAGAGGCUCUUGAUCUUGGAUUUGCCAAACAUGUUCACCCCGAUGACCUCGAAAAAUGCGGUGGAAUCUCUUCCCAGACAACACAAAGCCCUAAUGACACUGCGCCUCUGGAUUCGAGCUUGGAAAACCAUGGUGUUUCAUCUGCCCUUGACGAGUUAGUGAGACGUGGUGUGGCAUCCUUACAAAGGGACGAAAACGGCCGCGUGUUUUACUCGACAGAGAUUCGUCUUCGAUCUCGAGGAGGGGAUUUCCGUUGGCAUCUAGUUCGUUUGGUAUGCGUCGAGACGAGCAGCUUUGGUAGCGAAGAGGCUUCUUGGUAUGGAACAUGCACCGACAUCAACGACCGAAAGAACCUUGAACGGGAGCUCAACAAAGCAAUGAGUCAGCUGAACAAUCAAAUGGAGUCGAAGACCAAGUUCUUCAGCAAUAUGUCCCAUGAGAUCAGGACUCCCCUGAACGGAAUAUUGGGCACCAUUCCAUUCAUUCUCGACACUCAGCUCGACAGUGACCAAAGGCGAAUGCUUGAUACCAUCCAAAAUAGCUCCACUAAUCUUCGAGAACUCGUGGACAACAUUUUAGACGUAUCUCGCGUGGAGGCGGGUAAGAUGUCUAUGGUGAACUCGUGGUUUCAUGUCCGGUCCAUGAUCGAGGAUGUGAUCGACACAAUCGCUUCCCGGGCAAUCGACAAGGGUCUCGAGAUAAACUAUCUAAUGGAAGCCGACGUCCCUGCCAUGAUGAUUGGUGAUCGAUUCCGUAUCCGCCAGGUCCUGAUCAAUCUCGUCGGCAACGCGGUCAAGUUUACUUCACAAGGCGAGGUCUAUAUUUGCUGCAGCCUCCAUCGCGACACAGCCGUCAAUUUCAAAGAAACAGAGGCCCUUUUGAAUUUCGAUGUCAUUGAUACUGGCAAAGGAUUCAGCUCAAAGGACGCGGAGCGGCUGAUGCAGCGAUUCAGUCAAUUGGGAGAGAGUGGGUCUCAGCAAAAUGCUGGUAGUGGCUUAGGUUUGUUUCUCUCGAAACAGUUGGUCGAAAUGCAUGGCGGUAGCCUCACACCGAGCAGCAAAGAAGGCCAAGGUGCGAAGUUCUCGUUCAAUGUCAGAGUGGAUGCACCCCCUCCUCCUUCGCCCUCCGAGAGACCCCAACUGCUUCGUCAGGCCUCCACUGCUUCUAGGAGGCCUGUGGGAUCUAGGACUACGUCGUACGAUCGGUCCUCUCUCCAAAUACCGAAAACCUUCGAACCCAAGCUCCAAGACCCCACUGCUUUAUCCCCGGAUCUCGAUUCCCCGACAACCCAGUCGCCCAUCGAUAGCGGUGGCCUAAACCCUCCUUCUGCUAUGUCCUCCGCCCUUCCGACCCCGGAUGUAUCAACUUCGCACAUGUUUCAUCAAUUCGGCCAAGAGCACAAAUCAAAUGCAAACACGGCAAUUCCUUCCCCAGAGGGUAUUUCCAACGCAUGUGCACACCAAACGCCGUCGCCUUCUGAAGGUGCCUCGGUUUCAGGCAAGCUACCUGUGAGCUCCCCAGGAUUUCCUUCACAAGGACCUUUCUCUAUCGUCAUAUUGUGCCCGCUCGAUAAUACCCGGAAAGCCACCCAGCAGCACAUCGAGAAGGUCGUCCCGCAUGAAAUUCAAUUCAAAAUUACCAUAUUACCCGAUGUGGAUGAAUUGAAGGACGUCACACAAGGCCACGGUGCAAAGUGCACCCAUUUGGUUCUGAAUUUGCCCGCGACAGACGACAUCUUGGAAGUAAUUCAGCAGGUCUCAGAAAUCGAUGCGAACACAGCACCCGUGGUAGUCAUAAUUUCGGACUUAUACCAGAAACGCCAAAUCAGUACUCGAGUCAAAGAACUGGCAGCCACUGGCAAACAGGUGUUCAUCGUGCCGAAGCCUGUCAAGCCUUCUGCUUUCUCCACCAUCUUUGACCCUGAUAGUAAGCGUGAGUUGAGCAAAGAUCGCAACCAAGACAUGGCGCGAGAGAUCAACAAUAACUUCAAGACCGUGUCGAAGAUGGUCAAGGAAGUCCUUGGUAACAAAGGUUACCGCAUUCUGCUUGUCGAGGACGAUGAGACCAACCGUGAUGUGAUGCUGAAGUAUCUUGACAAGAUCAAGCUGAUGUCAGAGACUGCUUCGAACGGCCAGGAAUGUACAGACAUGGUCUUUUCCAAAGAACCGGGCUACUACUCGCUUAUCAUCUGUGACAUCCAAAUGCCAAUCAAGAACGGCUACGAUACUUGUCGAGAAAUUCGGGCAUGGGAGCAGAAGAACCAUUACCCCCAGAUUCCGAUCAUGGCCUUGUCAGCCAACGCGAUGACCGAUCAGAUCGAGAAUGCCGCACAAGCAGGCUUCAAUGACUAUGUCACCAAGCCCAUCAAGCACAACGAACUAGGCAAGAUGAUGAUGGGCCUUCUCGAUACCAACAAACCGUUGUUGCUUCUCCGCGACCGCCUUCACCCAGGGAGUGACAAAACAGCAUCUGCCCGGCGUUGA